CAGGUUCGGCCGCCGAUAAGCGACUCUCUCUCGUACGAUCCACCGUUUCUCUUGACACCCGAUUCAUUCGGGCAUCGUCCGGCAGGCCAAGACGAUGCCAUGGUUGUGUGUCACACAUGGCACCUUUCGGCGAUAAGAACACGGGCACUACACAUCGAUUUUCUCAGCAUUAAUAUUUUGAGGAGAAAGAGAUGCAGUGGUCAGAGACAUGAUGGAGAUGAAGAGACAUAUACCUCCACAGAGGCUUGAUUCGCGCCGCGAUUCUGGGAGAGACCCCGGUAUCGAUGUCGAUUCAAGUCGCUCACAACAAUGUAUGUUGACCGGGCGGGAAUGUUGCUGCUACGCCUGACAUUCAACGGGAAUGGUGGUACCCUUUGCGCUGGAUGGAAGGGUCAAGGACAUGACUGAACUGCCCUUCUCUCUAUGCGUUAUGGAUCUCAGACUUACUUCAAUGACGAAACUUUCUUCUUUUUUGUGCUUUUCUUGAUAGAGCUUAUUGCCAUCUCCCUGGCAUACAUUCUGUCUUUGUCACUCAUCACUUUCCUGUCCUACCCGUUUCCAUCGCAUGUCAUCGAGACUCUGAUCUAUGAGACUGUCUCCGCACCGAUCUUAAAUUGACCUUGCUCAUACGCCGAAACAUCGUAACUGCCCUCCAAGAUCCUCAAUCGGCUGGAUCUAGAGGGUAGGAGAACACUUGAUCCUCGUCAAUUUCAGG